AUGACAGCUUAACACUGUGGAAAAUAAAAAAGUGAAACAAAAACGAAUACAAAACAUAGGAGCAAAUGAUGAAGUCUAUUUAAUUUUUAAAGUAUGCAGCGUUGAUUAAAGAAAUGGAUUCCAUAGAGGAAGAACAAUGUUUGAAUCAAUGUGAAAACUACAUUCAAAGUCACAAUAUUCAAAUAUUAUUAAAAAAUUGUAUCGUCCAACUUUGUCUAAAUAGGCCCGAUGAUCCCGUGACAUUUCUUCGUCAAUAUUUUCAAAAGUUAGAAAGAGAACAGGUCAAGGCAGCUGCUGCUGCUGCUGCAACAUCUGAAGGUGAAGCAGAUGGAGAGCUGUCACCACUGCCAGUACUCGGAGGGCAACUGCCUCGAAGACGUGGUGGGAUCAGUGCUGAGCCUGUCACUGAAGAAGAUGCUACUAGUUAUGUCAAAAAGGUGGUGCCAAAAGACUAUAAGACUAUGGGUGCCUUAUCUAGAGCAAUAGCCUCCAAUGUCCUCUUUACACACUUAGAUGAAUCAGAAAGAGCUGAUAUGUUUGAUGCUAUGUUUCCUGUGCAAUGUCUUGUUGGGGAAACAGUUAUACAACAAGGUGAUGAAGGGGACAACUUCUAUAUUAUAGAUUCUGGUGAUGUUGAGGUAUUGGUAAAUGGCGAAGUAGUAACAACAAUCGGAGAAGGAGGUAGUUUUGGUGAACUGGCACUUAUCUAUGGUACACCACGCGCAGCAACGGUUAGAGCCCGUACUCCACUAAAGCUUUGGGGACUUGAUCGGGAUUCAUACAGAAGAAUACUUAUGGGAUCUACAAUAAGAAAACGACGAAUGUAUGACGAAUUUCUAUCGCGGGUAUCCAUUCUUGAAAGUCUCGAAAAAUGGGAGCGCCUUACGGUGGCAGAUGCUCUUGAGCCGGUAUCCUUCAACGAUGGUGAAAUUAUCGUGCGACAGGGCGAACCAGGAAAUGAUUUCUAUAUUAUUGUAGAAGGUACAGCUGUAGUACUCCAGCAACGUGGUGGUGAAGCAGAGGGUGCGGCUGUGGAAGUUGGACGACUGGGACCGUCGGAUUACUUCGGCGAAAUCGCGCUUCUGCUGGACAGACCACGAGCAGCGACAGUUAUGGCGGAUGGACCACUCAAAUGCGUUAAGCUGGAUCGAGCUAGAUUCGAGCGAGUGCUAGGACUUUGUGCAGAUAUAUUGAAACGAAAUAUCGCCCAAUACAAUAGUUUUGUUUCGCUUUCUGUAUAAGUCACAAAGUAAUUAUUGUAAAUAUUGCACUCAGUUAUUUAAUUUUUAUUAUAACUUAAAAUGUUAAUGCAGUUGUUUUAUUUUGAAAUUAUUAACUUUUUGCAUUUGUUGAAGCUAAUUACCCCAAAUAGUUUCUUGUAAUUAAUCAAGAUGGAAUAUUGUAAUUAUUCAAAACUGUUGAAAUGAAACCUUUACAUAAUUGCUUGAAAAAUUAUGUGUUUUUAUAUAUAGUACGUGAUAUUUAAAACAACGUAAUUUAGAUUUACCAAAAUUGGUUUCAGCUUACAAUAAAAGAAGUAACAUAGUUUACUUCUUUUAUUUCUGAGUCACCAAAAAAUAUUACCGAGUAAAUGUAGGUUUUUAUUAAGAGCAAUAAAUAGAAUAUUUCUCAGGUAUACUUUUUGAUUGGAAUAAUCAGUAAAUGUAUGUUACUUCAAUGUUUAUGUAUUGCAUAUAUACUACAAAACUGCCUUUAAGUAAGAUUAUCAAAUAUUGUAUGAUAAAUCUAAUGUUUAAUGCUUAAAUUAAGGCUAAACAAAUAAAAUAUAUGUACUUAAUUAUCUACAUAUUUAUAAUCUAUGCAGUUAGUGGCUGCACAAUUGAGCCCACGUGAACAUGCCGUUUUUUGCUUCUACUUAAGCUUAAGUAUCUUCGCCCUCUUAAAUGACAAUUUCAGUGUUUUGUACACAUACCUUACCAUACUUAGUUAAUAUCAAUAAUCUUAGUACCUGUACUAUCUAUAUUUAAAAUAAUUCUUUACUGUUAUUGUUUAUAUUGAAACUUUGUCGGAAUGUGAUAACAUUCUAUUAAGCCAUUUCUUUUAAAGUCGGGAUUUACUAAUUGCCAUGGGCUUCACUAUAGCGUAAGUAAUAAUAAUAUGACGUAUCUGUUAUACUACAUUACCUAAUUAUUUAUCUGUUAUUACUGGCCAGAUUGGCGCUACUAUAAGUUGAUGCUAUAUUCCGUUAUAUUAGUUAUUAAUAAAAACAUUACUUACACAA